GGCCUGUGGCUGGCCGGAGUUCGCUACAACUGUGACCACGACCUUUCGGCGCAACCUAUUUCUUGACUUAUAUACUUUGCGCUAGCUUUGCACUGGAAAACUAUACCCUCACACAAUCACCACAACUGUCUGGAUCACAUUGAUGGCUGUAGACAAUUUCUCCUACAAGGACAGUAUACGAGCUGCUCUUGCCUCGUGCAUGCCAUGCUUUAGCGGCACAGUGCCUGCCGACUCCAAUGAUAACGCCCGCAGCGACGUCAGAACCCACAGGUCGCCGUCGAACGAGCUCGAGGGGCUCUUAUGUGAUACAGACACAGAAAUAGAAACGCUCUCUCUGCACUCAAACAUUGGUGGCGCCCGGAGAAAACCACGAAAGCGCCCUGCAUUCUCGCUGACACUCUUUGGGUACACGUUAUUCGGCCGCCCACCGAUUUACCUUUCGGACGAUGAAGACGAACGAGGAUGGAGGAGGAGAGCGCUUGGCACUGUAUCUUCAUCUACGCUAGACUCGGAUGCAGCACCACUAGAUGCAUCGACUAUCGCUCGCAUGUCGUCUCCAGACCGCGCAGAAGUUGAGCAGCAGAGACGUGAUGAGGAAGCACGGCAGAAAGCAGAGAGGAAGGCACGGCGCAAGGAGCGCAAGGAGCGAGAGCGCAUGUCUACUCUGCUCUCACUAAAUGGUGGCUCUCUUGAAGAAGGCAGUGGUUUCGAGGGGUUCCAAGGUAGUGGGGAAUCCCAGGUACCCUCGCUUCCAGCCGAUGAGUUCGGGCCGUUUGUACGGGGGCAAGAAGAAUUGGCAGCCAUAGGCGGAGAGGGAGAAGGCUCCGAGGACGCCGACGAUGCUGACCUCGGUGGGGAGUUAUACACCCGCAAAAAACGCCAAUCAGUUUGGAGUGGUUCAGGUUCAGAUUCUCGCUCUCGGACGUCUGCUUCAGUCUCCAACGGAGAUGCAAAUAUACAUUACAACCAUCACCAACUAGCCCAAGCUGCCCCACCCUCAUACCCACAGACCGAAAUGCGACUGCCUAAACCAGCGAAAAAGUCAAAACGCUUCUCGCCCCACUCGUCUUCGACAGCGUCGCAGUCUACGGCACCUCAUACUCCUACUCAGUCCAUAUCUGCGUCGCCAGCUGUUGCUCCAACCCCCAUCCCUCAUGAGCAUGCGGAACACGCUAUCGAGGGAGGGGGCUUGAGGGGAUUUCCAAGCGUUGGGCUUUCGGGUGCAAGAGGGAAAACGAGAGACAUGGGCGCGUUCCUCGCUAGCCGAGAGGCUGCUCAGUCGUGAGUGGGAGUGUAAUCAAGAGUGUGCUUUAUAUUUUGUGAUAUUUAGAUGCUUUAAGCUUCCGAGAAGACAUGUUGGCUUGACUACUCGCUAAACAAAUUGCGGGAACAUUGUUUCCAUUCACCUUAUCUUCGUAACAGAGAAAUAGGAACACUCUGCAUGUCUUAAGGGUCGGAGCUCACUUUAAUCAUUUUCUCGACUUCUGGCUCUUAAUUACUAUUCAGUGCAGAUCUCGAAACGACUAGUCGACACGUUUUGGGGUUCAUGUGAUCACGCGGACCAAAGCCGUAGGAGAUCUGGGCCAUGGCCGCAUAGGG